CGUCAAUCGUGUGUGAACCAGAACUUUAAAUCUUGAUAUUUGUUUAAUAAUGUGCACUAAGAAUUUAUUAUAUUAUUCACUUUAUAUUUUAUAUUUAAUAAGUUUUGUUUUCGCAUUGGAUUUAACUAAGACACAAACAACAAAUCCUCGAGUAUGUAUAAUCGGCGCUGGUUUAGCGGGGCUAACUUCAGCCAGGUAUUUAAAAGAAGAAGGUAUCAAAUUCGUCGUCCUUGAAUCAUCUCGAUAUGUCGGCGGCACUUGGCGAUAUGACCCUAGAGUGGGCUAUGAUGAAAACGGUUUACCGUUGCAUACAAGCAUGUAUAUGCAUUUAAGAACUAAUCUUCCAAAACCUACCAUGGAGCUGAGAGGGUUCCCCUUGCCAGACGACAUACCUUCGUUUCCGAGCUGGAAAAUUUACUAUAAUUACAUUAAAAACUACACAAAGCAUUUCGAUUUAGAGAAACAUAUAAAGUUUCUACACAAAGUAGUAUUAGUUUCUAGAGUGAAUAACAUUUGGAAGGUCAAAUAUCAAAACGUGCUAACUGGUGAAGAGUUUGAGGAUGAAUUUGACUUUGUAAUCGUUGGCACCGGACACUUCAGUAAGCCGAAUAUGCCUAACAUUCCUGGAGAAGAAAAAUUUUCAGGUUCAAUAAUACACAGUCACGACUACAGAGAACCGGUUCGUUACAAAGGUCGACGAGUGCUCGUGGUGGGCGCUGGACCAUCAGGCAUGGACAUCGCUAUCGAUGUGGCCUAUGCUGCAAAGACCCUCGUUCACAGCCACCACUCUAAAAUUAACUUCCGACCGGUAUUUCCAAAGCACUACAUUAGAAAACCCGAUGUAAAGGAGUUCAAUGAAACUGGUGCUAUAUUUAAUGAUGGGAGCUAUGAAAAUCUUGAUGACGUCAUAUAUUGUACAGGUUUUGAAUACUAUUAUCCAUUUCUGGACGAAAGCUGUGGAUUAAACCUGACUCCUCGGAGUGUAACACCAUUGUAUAAAUACAUGGUGAACAUCUAUCAGCCCACAAUGAUGGUAAUGGGACUUGUCAUACGAGCUUGCCUGGUUGUGGCAUUAGACGCGCAGUCUAGAUACGCAACCGCAAUAAUCAAAGGUAACUUCACACUACCAACCAAAGAAGAGAUGUUACAAGAAUGGCAGAAGCGAGCUGACGUCAUCAUAUCAAAAGGUCGACCUAUUUCAGAUAUACAUUUUUUAGCGGAAAAAGAAGACGAGUAUUACGCUGAAUUAACAAAGGAAUCCGGGAUAGACAGAGUUCCACCCGUCAUGUUCAAAAUUCGGGUAACGGAUACGGAAGCAAAGUUGGAAAACCUAUAUACAUACAGGGACUACAAUUACACGGUGAUAGACAAUGAAAACUUCAUCAGGACGUUAGAUAAUAUAACCAAAAAUAAUAGUGGCAAUAGUUUGUAAAUACUUUGUUUAUAAUUUACCGUUUAGGAAUCAAUCCAAUUCAGCAUGAAGCGUAUUAGAUACGAAAAUACCCCAAGAAGUCAAACUCAAACGUGGGAUUUUCUCAUCACAAGAAAACAAUUGUGCUAGUAAUUAAAAUAAAAUUAGGUUUUUAUGUGUUUACCAUGUCUUACAUACGUUUACCUACAUACUAUAGGUAAAAGUGUGACCCUAAAAACCCACCCCAUAUGAGAUACCGCCUUCCCAAGUUGAAGAAAGAAAGCGAAAGAAAAAUUUCUGUAAUGAACUCUGAUGGCUCAGUGCUAACAACUCAACUAUCAUAACUAACGAUAGCUAAAUUCUAGGGUAAUUUUUAACGUAUUCAUAACUGGUGUUAUGUCCCACACUUCGUGGUGUAAUAAAAUACUUUGAAACCUUAUAUAUCCACCAACUAGAUUAAAGG